UGUUGUCUCAUCAGGGGCGCAGCAGCGUUGAACGUGGGGACGGACGGAAACAUUCAGUCCUUAUCGAGCUGAGUGCGAAGUAGGGUGUGCGUUAGAAAAAGACCAAGCUAAAAAACAGACUGCUUAAUUCCAAGCUUCGGCAUAAAGCAAACACAUCAAGAAAGGAAGCACCAUGCAGCAGCAAUUCCUGGAACUAACCGUCAUAAGCCCUUUUAGAUUUAUCAAACUGAAUUUUCUUCAUAAUCUUCGAGCAUCUCGAGGAAACGGGAUGGGUCUGCACACGUGACUUAAAUAUUUACAAAUUUCCUCCAACUUAAAUGAAGGUAAAUAUCAUAUACAGAAAGUAAUCUGAUAUGGGGAGAACAGGAAAGUCAGUUUGUCCUGUAAUUGUGACGGAAAUGUGGUGCUGUUAUGUGUCUAAGAUGGCGAUGUUUUGGUUAUAAUGGGACCCUUAGAAGUGUGGGUUCAGUGAAAUGUUUGAACAGGUAGAACGCAUUGAAAUGUGACGAACCCGUAGUAAUAUGUUCCGUAAGAUUUGUCUGUUAAUGUAACUUUAAGUUCUGCUUUUGUGAUAAUGAACGUUUCAAAAGCAGCAUUUAGAUUCAACAAAGUGCUCGGAAAGGGAACAUUUUAUAGACCGCAACUGACGCAAGAGAAGCUACAGGUGUGAGUUGUUUCUUACGUUUAUAUCAGUGUAAUUCUAAUAAGAGAAGGAACCUAAUGGAGUUUGUGAGUACGAUCUGAUGCAUAGUUCGUGUGGCGAAUAUAGGGCGGAAGAGAAAUAUGGCACUAUGGGUUGUUAUUAAAGGGCGUGUUCUGUUCCAAGUGUGUCUUAUAGGUGUUGAAACCCGGGGUAAUCUGCGCAAAAGAAACAGAAAACGUGAAGAAAAUCAACACGUGUUUCUUCAAAGAGUCUGAGCUCGAAGUCGUGGCCGAUCCCAUGCAGGAUGGAGGCCAUCAACCAGACGACAGGCGACGUGGACAGUGCGACGAUCAGCUUGCGGGAGCAGACGAGGCUCGACUUCUACCGUACGUACGACGUGAUGACGGGAGUUCGGAUCGCUGCCACCCUGGGAGGCUUCUUCAGCCUGAUGGUGCUUCUCGUCGUGUACAAGAGCAAGUGCAAGUCGAAGUCUCUCAGCGACGAGCACUUGAGCGCUGCGGCAGCCGCGGUUGCCGUCGAGGACGAGGAGCACCACCAGCAGCUAGCUGUUCGCGCACUGUGUAUCGGCCCGCGCCGGUCGCUUGGCAACAUGAGCGCCCCGGCUUUGGUCAUAGCGCGAGGCGCGAGGCGCUUCUCUUCCAUCGGGGGGUACUCCGCCCUGGAGCCUCCCUCCCGUUACUACUGCCAGCGGGGCAAGAGUCUUUCUGGUUCGGCGCUCAAGUUCCACAUGCGGAGUGACGAGGUGCCUUCCUUUGCGACGACAGACAGAACUCACAACGACGCUGAAGGGAAAGAACAGGAUUCCGUGUCGGCUAGCCCGUGCUGCUAUCACCAGUUUCUGACGGUUCCAUCGGGCCCGGAUGUGCGUAGACUCAGUUCCAUUACAUGCUCAAGCUCUGAUACUUCCUACCUCGAGCGACGAGGAUCCGCAGUCGAAAUGGGAAUCCCUGCUCCUCCUCCGUUCCCUCACAGAUCCCGUGGCAAAGGACGCAACGAUCACCAAACCACCAUGGCAGAAGAACCCUGGGACUUUUAUUACCCAAUAGACAUCCAGGUGAUUCAGCCAACGCCAGAAGUGUCGCCAUGUGGAAGUGAAAGAACAUUGUACGACCAUCCAAUGGAGUUAGUACCAUCAGGACUCAGACCUCCAUCACGGGGUUCCAUAGCAGAGUCGGCGACGUCCAGUGUGAGUGUUCCUACAAGAUUAGCUCCUCUUGCGUCUAUUAGCAGUGUCGGUGGUUCCCUUACAGAUUACCCGGACUUCGACGAUUUGCAUUCCAUAGGCUCAGAUUCAGUGUUUCUGGACGAGGGCAAAGAACUGGACACUGAAGAUGAAGUUGAGGGUUUCUCCACCGAUAGUGAAGAUGAUGGUUUUAAUAAUUAUAACGAUGUGCGUGGGCAAAGACGCCCUUGGGAGAAAAUGGAAGGAGCAGGGUCUGCAGUACCUCUUGCACAACCUGCAUCUCCCUUUCACAGGUCACUUGCACCUAUCUGUCAUUGGGGAGCAGAAUGCAGCAAUGGAUUUCACUCCAGACGACACCUCUCCACCCCGGAGUGUCAUCAUUACCACGUCUGCAAAAACAAAUCAUCUCGUGCAAGAAUCAGUGCUGAAGUGGUAGAGACAGCAUCCCAUUCUAAAAGAGUGGAUCUGCUGACCUCUAGUAGGCUGUGUGAAACCCAAGUACCUGUGAGUGACAUAUCCCAGAGGCCACAAUAUCCACUUCCGGUUAAGGAAACCAGUAGCACGUCUAGCAGCGACAGCUUGACUCUGCUCAGUAACUCACGUGCAAAUUCACAGCGACUGCUGGUAAACAGAGUAAGCGCUGACAAGUCUUCUUACCGAGGUGCGAAAUCUUUUGAGAGCCUAACAACCACAUCCAUUCCUUCCUCUUCCUCAAACAUGCCAGGCCUGCCUUCCUUGCCUCUGCUUAGCCGCAGCUCAUGCGAACACCUCAUCAGAGCUCUGAACGAGAAAACUUCAGCACCGCCAAUAAAAAAUUGCUCCUGGUCCCAAGAAACAUUAUUUUAAUUGUUGAAAAAUGCACCAUAUCCGAUCUGACAGGGUCACUUUUCCAGAAUAUUUUUUCAGCAAAGUUCGCAGACGUUUCUGUGAAGAGAAAAACUUGGAACAUCACCAACUGCGGCUGUAGUGUUUAAGUAACAAAAAUAAUCAGGGUCUCAAGAAAUCUUUGAGUCUGAAGGAACAUAAUUGUGUUUUAUUCACUGGUCACCCAUUGUAAUGAAACCUGACAAUUUCCAAAUAUGUACAUGAAGUAACCUGACGAUGUAAAUUAUUAAUUGAACGUUGAAACCCAGUCCGAAGUGCUAAUAUAUUCCACAUGUAUUCUUUGUGAUGUUACAUACUUCAUUGGCCUUAGUGUGUAUAUUUAUUGCUGACGCAGAUCUCGCAGGAGAACAAUUAAAAUUAAUUUCUUCUUCACAAGGGGACUUCCAGAUGUUAAUGAGAUGUGUAUUUUAUAUUAGUGAAAUUUUUGUGAGAAAAUCGAUAAAAUUUAAUUUGAGCUUCACGUGAAGCGUGGUUAUAUUUGACUGAUACCAAUCAAAAUUAAACUAGUGUGACAACUUUUAACUUUGACCCCAAUACCAGAUUUCUUUGAAAUCUGAUCAGCAACUUUGUAAAUGAGACGGGCGGACGUAUAAUAACAUUACGGUUAAUGAAAUUCCAUUCUUCAUAGGGUCCCAGAUAACAGGAAACAUUAUUUUCGUACUUUGCCACCUGGGACAGUAGUGAGUGUCUAUAGCGUUAUUUUUGUAUGGAUUUUAUCAGCUUCUAUUCCAUGGUGCUUCUUCAAGAAUUGAUGAGGCAUAAAGAAUCAGAAGACAAAUGCUGUAAACUUUGCCAAGUUGGGAUAGUUCUAGAUCAUGCGGUGUGAAGUCUGGGAAUGAUCUGCUGCAGUGCGUAUCAUUUUCCAGUAUAGGUCCAUAUCUUGUGUUGAGUUGGGCUGCCUAUCUGCUUUGGAGAAACAAUUGAAGUUUUUCAAAAAUUGAAAAUUUUUAUAGAGAAAACGAUGAACUUCUUCAAACCAUACUUUCACACAGCUUUAACUUGGUGAAUAGAAUUUGGAUGAAUAAUGUUAAAUACAGUUCAAAUUUCUAAGUACACAUGAACUGAACCAAAUGGAAUUAAAAACCUCUCAUAUUGUUAGUACAUUACUUUCUUCGAUGUCCAUUUGUCUCCUGACAUUUACAGAAGUGUGUCGUGGUUGGAAGGUUUCCAGCCGUGAAAGUUAUUCUCUGAUAUGCAGUGCUGCCUGUACAAUUUUAAACCUUAAUCCGCUGGGAAGCAAUCAGAAUAAAACACAUCCCGUAGCCACUGUACCUGUAGCUGGAGUUGAUGUGUACUUUUAUGACUUAUUCCUUGAGCCCACCUGUUUGUAGACCCUGGUGGCAUUUUUGUGCUGAAACUCUAAUUUUCUGCAUUGCUAGAAUGGAGAGGGAUUUUUUUUUUUUUUGAAGAAUUAAAGCAACACUGUGGACUCUAAUAUAAUAAGUGUUCAUAACACAGAAUAGCAAUCAUAGUCCAUGAAGAAAUAUAGUCUCAAAUAUUUUGAAAAAAAAUUACUACAUAUUUAGAGAUCAAAAAAUGUAAGAGAUGAUAUUACUUUUUUUUGUACUGAAUUAUCCCUGUGUGAAAACCUACUGUCUUUCUAUGAUGAGAACUAAUUCUAUCAGAAUACAAAAGCUCAAUGUCAGGUAAUCAAAACUGGGUAAUCCAAUUCAGUUAAAUCUCUAUGUUGGUUUCUGCCUUAGAGCAAUGUACUUUCAUAAUCGUGUGUGUAUUUUGGUGUUUUUACAUGUUUCCAACAAUUCAACAUGGCAAACAAACUACUGUCUGUGCUCUGUUUGUUAUUAAUUUAUUUCAGUUUGUAUGCUAAAUAAAUGUGGGGAAUGAGGGCAUGUAACUUUUGCUUAGUGACUUCUUGUAAUAAUAAAGUAAAGCAAAUGGAGAUUAGUCAGUAAGUGACAGCCAACCAUGAUGAACUGUAAUGUAGCUUCCCAAACUUGGCAAAUCAGUUUUCAAUUAACUGAAACUGUCUUAUUAUAUGGGUUACAGUAGUCUGGGGCCCAACAUAUUCGUUUUGCUAUUAAAAUUAUAUUGAUUCCGUUUUAAAAACACAACUGCUGUCCAUUUCGGCUAAACUUACCAGAGAAGAAAGUAGCACACAGUAUGAAAAUCAGCACAUUACUUCACAGCUCUGUCAUUAUUAUUACUGAGUAUUAAUGUCGAGUUGGGUGUCUUACUAAUUUCAGUGAAUCUGUGUACGAUUCUUCACAAUUUUGUAUGCAUUUGCCAUGACAUCACUAAUACAGUAUACUCCUUAAUCAAUAAACUUUAUUUGUUAAAAGUGAGUCAGAUGAAAUCUUAUUUCUUCUCCCAUUUUUCUAUAGUUGAUGCAGCAAGGAAUUUGGAAGGAGGUUAUACUGUUUCUCAAAAUACUUAUUUUUGCAAAUUGUUUAAAUGACCACCAGCAGUUGCCAGUUUCGUGAUGCUCUUAGUAAAUACUGAGAAAGGAACGAUUUUUACAAAGUAUUACAUUUAUUUUCCUAAAAGAAGUUGUGUAGUGAAAGCCUAUGUGAGUAUAACAAAAUAUAUUAUAGUGAUAUUAGUGUGUGUGUGUAUACACAUACACACACAAUAUAAAUUCAAUAUCAUUUAUGAAACUGUUAACAGAGCUAAACUGUGUAAAUGCCUUCAUUUUAUUGUAGAAGACACCAUAAAUAUUGUAUAAACGUUAAUGCUAAUAAAUUGAAAAUAAAUGUUAUAUAAAUGCUAA